GACCGGUGUGGUCGCAGGAUCCUAUCGCUUUACUCUCAAUCAAGUUCGGGAUAACCUCCAAACUGGAAAAUUGAAACGAUUCCCCAAAACCUGUGCGCUUUCACUAAGCAAGCAAUGUUACGGCGGGUUCAGGAAGUGACAAGCGUUUCUACUGGCAAGGCGUCAUCAUCUUGAUAAAGAAACACAACCCCCCUUCGAUCGGGGUUGCAACGGAUCAGUUCGACAUUGGCACUCGAACGGGAACAAAGUGACCGUGUUACAAUUUAAGUCCAGUUACUUACUCGAAUACGUUUUAUUGUGAUAUGCUUGAAAGUACUUACUUAUGACUUAUCGGAGUUAAGGUAGAUUGACGCGAGUGAUGGCUAGCUUAGUGAAACUGAUUUCGCUGAAACAACCGGAAAAGGAACGUGUCUUGGAUCUGGAAACCGAGGCCGAAUAUCGAGAACGAUGGAUUUCCAUACGGGUGCUGUACUAUAUGGGUUUCCUGAUGUUUCUUUCCUUUGGGAUAGUCGCAACGGGCUUGUGGCCUUUCCUUACUUCAUUGGAACCUUCGGCUAGCAAGGCCUUUCUAGGAUAUCUCUUCAUGGCGCCCCCACUAGGGCAGCUACUUUUUAGUCCUUUCAUCGGCUGGUGGAGCAACAAAUCCAGCUCCAUCAGGGUGCCACUUUUGCUGCUGGCAGUAAUAUUCACCGUGGCCAACAUCAUCUAUGCUUUCGCGGGAGAAUUCAAAAGUGAUCAAAAGUACGUUCUUCUGCUUUCGCGCACUUUCGUUGGAGUCGCCACAUCUGCUGUGACCGUUGGACGAGCUUACAUUUCGUCAGCCACGCGACUUUCCGAAAGAACCAAAACCAUUUCGUACAUGGCACUGGCCCAAAGUCUGGGUCUCAUGGUGGGACCAAUCCUCCAGUCACUGUUUUCAGUAAUGGGGGCUCGAGGGGUCCGAAUUUUUGACCUAUUCGAUAUCAACAUGUACACCACUGCCGGAUGGGUUAGUGCCGUUCUGGGAGUCCUUAACAUCUUUCUGCUGAUGCCAGGAUUUUUUAAAGACCGCCCUAUCGCCCUGAAAGAGGCCAUGAAAAGUCAGGGAGCUGCCAGUGCCAAGGAAGCCUGGAAGUCGGUGAAGCUACGAUACUUUCCCAUUGCAGCCGCGAUAGUUGCAUUCUCGUUGCUGAUGUUGGCGUACGUAGCAUUCCAAACACUGCUUUCACCGAUAGCCUUGGAUCAGUUCGGCUGGACUAACGAGGAGUCACUGUUCUACCUGGGAAUCCUGAUGACGGCCGGGGCUUUGGUCUCCUGCGUUCUGUUCCUGCUAUUGGAUACCUUGUGCAAGCGUUUCACCGAAACGAACGUCCUGGUGUACGGAGCUAUGUUUGCACUGUUCCUCAGUCAACUGCUUAUGAUUCCGGUUGGUAAGGACUCGAUCAGUGACUGCACCGAGGGACACUUGAACGAAACAACAAUUUCAACGAACUCCACCAUUGGUUGCCCGGCAGCCCAAGAAUGGUGCUGUGAUACGCCAGCGAUUGGGAAGGUCCAGUUCACCAUUGCUUAUACGUUACUGUGUAUUUCGUUCAGCAUCGGAACCACUCUUAGUCAAGCGGUUUAUUCGAAACUACUGGGACCGAGACCUCAGGGAACCUGGAUGGCUUUGCUUACCUGUGCCGGAAGUGUAGCUCGCAUCUUGGGACCGGGAUCGGUUUCUAUCUAUGUGCUGUUUGGUACCUACUGGACAUUUGGAUCCGGAACUGUCAUCUGCGGGCUGGUUUUCCUAUGGAUGUGGGUCUAUCGAAACCGACGGAGAAGUAGCCUUGGUCCUAAAGAAUGA